ACAAAUCAAGGAAGGCCAAGUUAAAAUGGCUGCCUGAAUCGAUACCACUAUUAUCGGCUAUUUCCAGUGCAAUUUACCGUUUUCGGGGGGCUAUAACCGUGCCCCGAGUGUGCAAACGGGUGUCUGUGGUGUCGCGCGCCCCAAAUCAGUGUUAGUUUCACCCGUGGGGGCCAGCUCGCACCCUUCCUGUCGUCUUUUAUUUAUUAUGUAGCGCCAGCUUUGAGAAAUGUAAUUAAUUGGUAAAAAAUGGCAACAACUCAAGGAGAGAUUAGGGUGGGUCCCGGCAACCAGAGUUCCCAAUUAAUAUAAGACCCGAUCUCAGGCGCGUUUGCCCGAAUACCGACCGGGUGUUUCACCGGAAUUGCUCUCUCCCGAUCCAGAACAGACCCGUAUUAGAGAAGAACUGAGAUGGGUGCCUGCCAUGACCUUAGAUUCGGACCUUUUGAUGUAUUUAAGGGCGGCCAGGUCAAUGGCCGCUUUCGCAGGCAUGUGUGACGGUGGUUGUCCGGAAGAUGGCGCCAAUGCGGCUUCCAGAGAUGACACUACCAUCAACGCACUAGAUGUGUUACAUGACUCGGGAUACGACCCGGGGAAAGCCCUACAAGCGUUAGUCAAAUGUCCGGUGCCGAAAGGCAUCGAUAAGAAAUGGAGCGAAGAGGAAACUAAGCGUUUCGUUAAAGGUUUGAGACAAUUCGGGAAGAAUUUUUUCCGAAUUCGAAAGGACUUAUUACCUCACAGAGAUACGCCCGAAUUGGUCGAAUUUUAUUACUUGUGGAAGAAAACACCAGGAGCCAAUAAUAACAGACCACACAGAAGGCGGCGUCAAGGUUCAUUACGACGUAUCAGAAAUACACGCAAUAGUAGAGGGGGUAACAACGCCCCAUCUGCAGGACGUACCGGAGCCCCAGUCGAGACUGAAAGUAGCCGACCGAGCCCCCAACCAGGCAAAGAACCCGGAGAAACAAGUUCAGUAACCGAAGACGAUAAUUCAGAAGACGACAGUGACAGUCGCGAGGCACAAUACCGUUGUUCCCACUGUUUCACUACUAAUUCUAAAGAUUGGCAGCCUGGUGGUAAAGACCGCCAACUCCUCUGUUGGGAUUGCCGCGCCCACCUUAAGAAAACCAACGAGCUUCCCCCACUCACCGCCCCUGCUGCUAUAAGUGGCACACCUCCAAUCGAAAGUCCCGACGCUAGCCCACAGCGUAUGCGCACAAGAAACAAAGCAGCGAAGGAGCAAAACACGAAUCGUGCGCGACCGAAACGAGGCGGUACGGAGACACCCGAACCGAAAACACCCGUCAAAUCGAGUAACAGUCCAAUGGAGAAGAACACGAAUUCGGCCACGCCUGCUAAGAAGAAAGGGAAGGAGAAGUCGGAAACGCCCUCGAAAAACCGAAAACGAACGCAAGAUAAAACCGAGGAUGCGGAAGUUGAUGAGAAGGAGUUGGGGUUGUUUAAGAAGAAGAGGGAGAGAGCGGAGAGUCCGUCAAGUGUGACAACGGAUUCGGGGUCGAUUAAUGACGAUGUUGAAGCGAAUGAAGGGGAGGGUGAGAGUGGCGAAUCGACCAAUCAGGAGACUAAAGUCAAGGUUGAAAGUGGGGAUGAGAAAGCAGUGGGGACUGUACCGGUGAUUAUGUCGGCGAAAGGGGCCACGCCCACUGAACCACUCCCACUGAAUGUGUCAAUUAGACUACCGGAUGAUAUUAACGAACGGAAAAGUUUGAUCAAAAGUGGGCCUGAAGUUAAGCCAGAAGUGAAAAAGGAAGUGACUAAACCGGAGGUUAAACCGGUCGAAAAAGAAGUCAAAGAGGAGGUCAAAGAACUCCCCGAUAAGUUUAAAACCGAAUUGAUAAUUCCUAAAGUUGUCACAAUGGACAAGGUAAUAAUCAAGGAAGAAGUCGAGUCUAGUAACGAAGCUAUCAAUCCAAAAGAGGAAAAUGUGUAUAAAGAUAACGUGUUUGCUCCGCAAAAUAUGGUCAAGGAUCAAAUCAAUUUCAGUCUAAAAGAACCAGUUUUGAAUCAUUACCCUCAAAACAACCUUCCGUUGAACUUGAAUCAACAACACGGAAACAAGGAUCAAAUCGUCAACAUGAAUCACUCGACUUUCAUCAAAGACAUGAAACAGGAACCUAAUUAUAAUUUCAAUCAAAGCAAGCCACCGCAACUGUGUCACAGUAUGAGCAACAUGAUCAAAAUGGAGCCACGCGACGAGCCAAUGGAAUUGACAAGUCAGACACGAAACGAAUCAUUCGCGAAUAGCUCCGCCCAGAAUCAAGCUCAACCACCCCCACUUAACAUCCCUACCGUCAUCCCCUCCACUCAACUACCGCCAACUUCCACUAGCAGUAAUCGCGAUUACGAAGAAUCCGAAAAACAAAGAGUUGAAAAAUUAGAACGACCGGAACGGUUAGACCGUCCCGAACCAAUCACAUCGACUUCCAUUGGCCAACCUCCAAUUCCAAGUCUAAUGCAAUCGAGUAAUUUGGUUACGAUUGGUGGCAGCCAACCACCGAUGAGCCAUUACGGUUUUAUGACCUACAACCAUCCACAAUCGCCUCGAAGUCACGAUAAGAAUCUUCAAAAUGAACCACAAAAUUUGAAAAUUAAGCAAGAGAUUCCCGACCCGCCCUCGAGUCAAAGCAACGCCCCUUCGUCACACUACACCCAACCGGUCUCGACGGCCAGUUCGUUCAUUCCUCCCUCAUCUAGUCAUUUACCAAGCGAUCCGCUACAAAGUUUGAAAGAUGUGAAAGUUCCCGGGUAUUUACCCCCUCCAUCACAAACCACUCCCAGUAGUAGCGAAAGACCGCCCUCAGGACCCGCCCUCGAUAACAUAAAGAAGGAACCUGAGCCAUCGAAUCGGGCAAGUCCGGCUCAAGUGAUCGAGAAGUCCCCCACUCCGAAAACUACAACCACGCCCACUCCAAUCGCUCAAACUCCGCCUAGCACCAACUCCCCGCAUUCUGCAAUCAACUUGAUUAGCCCAAGUCCGGGAGCACCGCCCCCUAGUAGCAUCCCACAACCAAUCCACGCCUCACAAAGUGGUCACUCCUAUCCGGGGUCGUUGCACCCAUCUCAUGCUCUCAUGCACCCGUCUUUCUUGCACGCAAUGCAUCAGUUCCACACUCACCCCUAUUCAGGUUAUUCGUUCCCUUACCCCUAUCCCUAUCCUGUCCCCCAACCACAUGCGAUACCCCCACCUUCGACACGCCCCGAAUUAUCAAAAACAAUUGAUACGGUUAGUGCAACUGUACUUUCAUCCCAGCACACUUCGAGUAGUACUAUGACAACCAAACGCGAGAUUCGCGAAAAUGACGGUGAGGGGGCGGAGCGUCACCAAACCCACGAAAUGACCUUGACCCACCACCAAUCAACAUCGCAUCACAGUUCAGUGCACGCCAGUAGCGAGAAACAGAGUUACGGAGGCGGAGCCAGUCACUCCAUCACUAUAAGUCACUCCACCUCCACCAGUUCCAGCCAAUCAGUGCAACACAAAGUCAACCAAAAAACAGUAAGGACGAGCUCUCCACACACACCCACCACUCAAGCCACAACGAGUAUAAACCAUUCAACCACACACACCCAUCACCACACACACCACCACGAUAGACUCUCACCGGCCAAUCCCCUACUCCGAAUGCACAAAGCCCCGCCUCCCCAAACCAACCCACACCAUUUAAUGAUACAACCGCCCAGUAUGGGUCACCACCCACAAGCCCUCCCACCGCCCCCAAUGACUGGCAAUAGUUCACUCGAUGCGUUACGUGCACACGCUGCACAAGCCGCAGCCAAUAUGCAACAAGCUCCGCCCACUAAACCACCCCCGGUUGAGGAAAUCAAAGUGGAGCCUGAACCAGAACCAGUCCCUGAAGAAGAGGGACAAACAAGUCCAGUAGGACCGCCUCGAGGCCCCUCCCCCGAACCCCGAGUGGAGGAUACAGAAUGCCACAGGAGCCAAUCAGCAAUAUUUUUACGUCAUUGGAAUCGGGGUGAUUACAAUUCGUGUACGCGAACUGAUCUAACCUUCAAACCGGUUCCGGAUUCGAAACUCGCCCGGAAACGCGAAGAGCGCCUCCGGAAGCAAGCCGAACGUGAGCGCGAGGAACGCGAGAGGGCGCAACAAGCACAAGCCCGGAAAAUCACAACACCGGAAAAACCGGAUAUUAAACCUCCGUCACGUGGGCCUUUAGAGACGGUAUCGUCGCCUUACGAGAGAUUCCCACGGCCUGGGUUCAAUGACACCCCGGCCUUGAGACAGUUAUCAGAGUAUGCGAGACCACAUGCUGGCUUUAGCCCCGGUCAUAUGCAAAGGUCACUCCUACCUCCCGCCCACGUGAUGGACCCCAUAAUGCAGUACCAAUUGAAUAGCAUGUACGGACCUGGGGCCCGAGAGAGGCUAGAGCUCGAACACUUAGAACGCGAGAAACGCGAGCGGGAGAUGCGAGAGAUUCGCGAACGAGAAUUGAACGAGCGAUUGAAGGAGGAGAUUAUGAAAACCGGGAUGCGGGGACCGCCCAACCCGAUGGAUCCCCAUUGGAUGGAAAUACAAAGGAGAUAUGCAGCGGCGGGUCUUGCGGGGCCUGGCGGCCCCGGCCUCCCCCUCCACCACCUGGCCUUCUACCCGGGGGCGGGGAGUAGCGCCCAGCUGACCCAAUUGGAGCGCGAGCGUCUCGAACGUUUGGGUAUUCCCGCCCCUCCAGGCCCGCCCGGACCGCCUGGAGCCCCGCCCGGUCACCCCCACCACCCGGCACACGCCGCCCAAUUGGAAGUCGAGCGUUUGGCGCUUGCCACCGAUCCAAUGGUGCGUCUCCAAAUGGCCGGGAUUUCCCCCGAGUAUCACGCACACACUCACGCACAUACGCAUGCGCACACACACCUACAUCUCCACCCCCAGCAGCAACAGGCGCAACAGGAGGCGGCUGCAGCGGCGGCGGGAUUUCCCCUACCCGCUUCAGGGGCUCCUGGGUACCCCCGUCCGGGGCUGAUUCCUGGACGUGAUGCCCCCUUAGGGUUGCACCACCCGGAUCUUCUAGGGCGGCCGUACGCCGAUCAGUUGGCCCAUCAGGCUGCCGCCCAUGAACAGUUACAGAGACAAAUGUUACUAGAGAGAGAUCGGUUUCCGCCGCAUCCUUCCAUAGUUGCUCAACAUGAGGAGUAUUUGAGGCAACAGAGAGAGCGCGAGCUCAAAGUGCGGGCGUUGGAGGAGGCGGCCAGGGGGUCCAGGCAAUAAGGGGACUUAAUCAAAUAUCAUGUACAAUGUUUGCGAUUUUUAGAAGUAUAUAUAUAACGGUUUUAAUUUUUUUAAGUAUGUUUUGCAAUCAUAGAGAAUAAUUUUGUAUACAAAGUAUUGAUGUUAGUGUUUUUUUAGCUAGUUGGACGAAUUUUAUAUACAGUUAAGAGAUUUUUCUUCUGUGUAUAAUCAUUUUGACCAAGUUUGUAAAUAAGUGAGGUUACAACGUGUCUUUAGUACUUUUUUCAAUUUGUGGCAGUCUUCCUAUAUUCCUUUUCAGUGGUUUUUGUAAAAAUUGUACAUUAUUUUCGUGUUAUUCCACUAAAAUCUAACUCUAAAAACUAACGUAACUAAUUCAUCUGCUUUACUUACGAUCUGAAAGAGUUUUUUGAUCUGUGGUAUUUUAUUUAUAUAAUUUAUGUCUUUAUUUAAUUUUUUGUUCUACACUUCUAAAGAAAUAAAUUUUUUACCAAAGA